AUGGCAACGAACUUUAUAGUCAAUCGUCUUGAACGUGCUCUCGGCGUUGAUUUAGAUGGUGAUGGUUAUAUUGGAGGAGAGGGUUUUCUUAGCAAGUUAGAAAGAGCAACUCAUAUUGAUUUUAAUCGUGAUAAUAUCAUCGGUCGUCCACCAGAUGUUUUAUAUCCCUAUUCUCCAAUAUAUGAUACUGGGUGUAAUGGUUUUUCUUCCAUGAGUUAUGGCGGCUACAGUCAUGGUGGCUACAGUUAUGGUGGCUAUAGUUAUGGUAUGAGUAAUUUCGGAUAUUUCUAUUAA